AAACCGUUAUCCACACCACCUUCCCUUUCAUUCGGAACUGUCAGCUUGCGUUCACAGCUGAAAUUUCUCAGCAGUGGAUAAGAAAACCCUAGAUUCUUCUAGGAACUUUAGAACAGUAAACCCUAGAUUUUCCAGAGUGAAACGCAAACAGGAUCUUACGUGGUUAUAUGAGAAGGAAAUGCAAGAAAACCACCUAAAAAGAGAAGUAAAUUACCAGGUAGAUGCUCUCUAAACGUCCAUUUAUCUGCAUUUGCUGGCCCAGCUCAUUCUCUGAAUUAUUCAUGGUUUCUUAGUGGGGUUUUGGGGUAUCAGUUGUGGGUUAUGUGUCCAUCUUUACAAUGGAAAAAUCAAGUAGUUUUUGGGAACCAGGACUUAUUUCAUCAUUAAAAAGCUUCUGGUUGUGAGACUUCAAAUGGGUUUCCAUGAAUUCGUCUCUGGGUUGGAAAAUGUGGCCUUUUGUUCAUGUUCUUAAUGAGCAAUUCCAUGGUCAUUUGUUGGACUUCCGUGCCAUUUGACGAGAAAUUUUCCAGAGAAAAUUCACAUAGGAAUUAUUGUUCCCGCCUCUUCUGGCAUUCUCGAGCUUCAUUUUACAAUAAAAAGACAAGAGGUCAAAAAACUGUUCCAAAUGCUAAGCAUAGGAAGACUAAGACGAGAACAUGGUGGCAGAAAUUCUUCAUAGACGAAGAAGGGAACUGGUUUGGGCUCAAGGAUGACAUUGGUGAAAUUGAGGGGCAAGAUGGGGAAAAGAGUGACGAUGAAAUUUCAGAGAAAGAGAAGUUUGAGGCUUGGAAAAGGAGAGCUGAAGCCAUUUCAGAGUUGAGAGAAGCUCAAGAGAGUGUUGAACAUGAGGAAAACAGAGACUGGGAAGAUUGGCUUCUCUCUUCUUCUUCUUCUUCUUUUAAGCAUGGAAAUUGGGAGGAUGGUUUGGAAGACAACAACAAUGGAGGAGCAGAUACUUUAGAUUCGAGCGAUUUAGUGCGCCAAAAGGGUGUGGCUGAAAAUAUUAGGGAUUUGGUAAUAGGAACCGAUGACGAUGAUGAUGAAAUUCUUUAUGAAGAUAGAGUUUUUCGCUAUGCUUCAAGAAGUUCGGCAGUAUUUUUGGCAGUGCUGGUGCUUGUACCAUGUGCUUUGGAUUUUGUGGUUCAUGAUUAUGUUUUGAUGCCAUUUGUAGACAGGUAUGUGGAGAAAGUGCCUCUUGCUGCUGCGUUGCUUGAUGUGAGGAAAUCUCAAAAACUUGAGAUGAUUAAGACCCUAAAGAUUGAGAAGGCGAGAUACCGUUUUGAAGCAGAGAUUGGUAAAUCACCUCCUCUUUCUGAUGAGGAAAUUUGGUUCGAGCUGCGGCACAAAGCGUUAGAACUGAGAGAUGAAUGGAGGUUAGAAAACCGAAAAGCAUUUGCUAAUAUCUGGUCGGAUAUGGUUUUUGGAAUAGCAUUAUUUGUUCUUAUUUUCUUCAAUCAGAGCAAAGUUGCUUUGAUGAAAUUUACAGGAUAUAAAAUAUUCAAGAAUGUAUCUGAUACUGGGAAGGCAUUUCUUAUUAUUCUUGUAACAGACAUUUUUUUGGGGUAUCAUUCUGAGUCUGGCUGGCAAACUUUGAUUGAAAUCAUUCUUGAGCAUUAUGGACUUGAGGUGGAUCAAUCUGCCAUAACCAUUUUCAUAUCCGUGGUUCCAGUUGUUAUUGACGCUUGUGUGAAACUUUGGUUGUUUAAAUUUCUACCCAAAUUAUCACCUAAGGUCUCGAACAUUUUCCGGGAAAUGAGACGGCACUAGUGAGGUUUAUCAUUCAAAACUAUCAUCUGAUUGUGGCGCACACACAUAUAUGGAGGUGCUAUCAUGUUCCGGUGGAGAUAUCUGGAAGCCAUGGCCGAUUGCCAAUAUUUCCGGCGGCCUUAUCAUGAUUAUUUAUUGUCAAUUGUUUCAUCUUUAUUUUUGUUUAUUUAAAUCCCACACAACUCUUGAGUAAAUAUAUAUAAUGAAUUUUGCCUGAUUUAAAAUUUUCGGCAAAUCUGAACUUCAACCUUAAUAAAAUAAAUAUGAGGCUUCCAAAUUUCGUGUUUGGUCGUUUUUCUGGUGUAAAAUAUUGGGUACGCGCAAUAUGGCCUUUUUGAAGUUCAGUUUUCAAAUUUUCAACUACAGUAAUGACAACUUUGUUCACUUUUAUAAGAUGUUCAUGUGAAAGGUUAUGUAUUUGAAUAGCA